AUGGGAGAAUCGGCGUCUGUCUUCCAUCUCGAAUAUUCCACUGUAACAGGAUACUUUUUGCAAGAUGACCCAGCAACCGAUCCUGCGACUUUUGACUAUGCAACCUCGAACUUCGGCCUCAUAAAUCAAGCAUACGAUACGGAUACGUUGUCAGAUCCCAACGGGAGCAAAUCACAAUGGGAGCGUUUUAAGCAUAAAGUUUUAACACUCAACCAAGAUGCUGAGCCCGACACAAAGUACACGCUGCUUUACCUUGGCCGACAUGGUCAGGGUUACCAUAAUGUGGCGGAAAGUUACUAUGGAACUCCCUCCUGGGACUGCUACUGGUCUAUGCUUGACGGGAACGAGACAUCCACUUGGGCCGAUGCCCAUCUAACAGACAGAGGAAUAGCAGAUGCUAAAGUGGCCAACAGCGUCUGGGCCACCCAAAUAGAACACGGUAUCCCCGUUCCCGAAAGCUACUACACGAGUCCUCUCUAUCGCUGUCUCGAAACAGCCGAUGUAACAUUUGGCACAUUGAACCUUCCCCUAUCCCACCCAUUUGUCCCCACGGUCAAAGAGCUCCUUCGCGAAACUAUAGGAAUCCAUACGUGCGAUCGGCGUAGUUCGCGGAAGCACAUCAAGGCCAGCUUUCCCACUUUCAAUAUCGAACCAGGCUUUGCCGAAUUUGACCAACUUUGGGAUUCUAAACUCCGUGAAUCCUCCUCUGCUCGGACUGAGCGCCUAAGGGCUGCCCUGGACGAAAUCCUCUUGAGUGACAGCAGCACAUUCAUCUCAAUAACUGCUCAUUCAGGGGCUAUCACCGCAAUUCUCGAAGUGGUUCAGCAUAGAGAUUUCCCCCUUCCAACAGGGGCGGUCAUCCCGGUGCUUGUUCGCACCGAGAGGAAGCCUGGCAAAGCACCUCAUCGAACAACUGAGCCGUGGACUCCUGCUCCGGAGUGCACAGCAAACCCAACUGCGACACAGAAAGCAUUAAACUAG